AUGCUGGCGCCAGAUCUGCAGUUCAUGGUGCACUCGUCCGAGGUCUUGGACGAGGAGGGCUUCGUGCACCGGGGCUCUCGGCUCACGCAGCUCGAGAGGGGCGCGGAGCCCCCGGAGUGGCGCCUGCGGGACUUCGCCUUCGCGGCCUACAGCGGGCCCAACGCCCCGGGGCUGCGGCAGGUCCACUUUGGCCGGCGCAGCGUGUGGGGCUUCGCCUCCGCCCGGGAGCACACCGAGGAGAUCGUGGUCUUCCGGAAGGGCUCCGAUCGAAACCACGCCAAAGCCAGCGAAACGGCCGCUGCGAACGCCAUGACGCUGGCUCCUCUGGCGCUUUCGCUGCUGGGCGCCGCGAGUGCGGUGCUGCCGUCGUGCGACCUCAAGAAGCCCACGGCAGAGGUCUGUGAGGAGUACUGCACCUCAAAGUGCAGCUUCUACAACCGCUCCGCUGGGGACACGGGGCAGCCUUCCACGCUGAAGCUGUACCGCCUGACCCCGCCCAACGUCACGGGCCUGCGGAACAAGAACACCGGCGACCCACGGGGCGACAUGGGCUACUGGCUGUCCAAGAAGAACAUGUCCGUGGUGUGCGCUCAGGACCCCUUGGCGCAUGGGUGCGUGGACUAUGCGAACAACCUCUACGGGAUCUUCACCGUGGAGGUGGAUGGUCAAUUUGGGCCGUACCUCCAGUGCAACCCGGUGCAAGGGGGCGGCUCUCACCCGGAGUUUGAUCCGCUCUGGAAGGAUAGCUCCAACUUCUCCUGCGGCCAGAGCUGUGUUGUGGCGACUACGAAGGGCUGCUACAACUAUGGGAUGCCAGACAAGAACGGCACCAGUGGCUGGGGGGACUUCCAUUGCUUCUGCGACGGCAGCCAGCGGGACGGCCGCAGCGUGGGCCGAGCGCAGCCGCCCUUCCUAGCGCCCAGCACCAAGGCCUUCGUAGCGCCUCAGUGCGGCGGCUUCGAGCCGGUGCCGAAGGGCAGGUGCCUCGCGGGCCAGCGGCUCACGGAGAUCGACGCCUGGAGCUUCGCGGCCACGCAGACCAUGGCCUGUGAAGAAUGUCUGAAAGACUCCCGCUGCACAGGAGGGGCCUCAAAGGCUCACUUUCAACCACAGGUCACUGGCGAGGAUGUGAUGUCCCCACCGGACUUCGCCGCAUGGUGGGAGCGAACUCUGGAGCACGGAACCGGUGACGGCGAGUGCUUCCUCGACGUGCUGCGUGUGGCUUUGGCCCGGCGCCUGGACCUGCGAAACUUCCACCGGCUGUCGGUGGUGUGCAAUGAGCAGCAGCUGGACCGCCGGAGCCCAUGGAUGGAUUCCGAGCUGCUCGUGGUGGUGCGGCCCUACAAAGAAACCCGCGGAGAAGAGGAGGAAGAAGAAGCAGCAGAGAGCGCAGAAAGAGGGCAAGGGCUCCUGGCGGCGGCAAGCAGCGGAGAUGUGACGAGGCUCGUGAGCCUGUUGGAGAUGCCGCUGGACCCGGACUGUGUCAAUGAAAAUGCGGCCAGAGGUGGGCAUCUGGAGAUUGUGCAAUGCUUGACGGCGGCCCGUGCUGACACCAACAAGCGCGACCACGCCGCCUGCGCGCCGCUGCAUUUCGCGGCCGGCCAUUUGGAAGUCGCACGCUGCUUGUUGGAGGCCGGGGCUGAGCGAGACCCAGGUGACCUAGCAGGAUGCACGCCCCUUUACUUUGCCGCUGGCCAAGGCCGGACUGAGGUUGUCCGCUGUUUGCUGGAAGCAAAGGCUGACAAGGAUUUUGCCAAUUUCGGCGGACGCUCGCCGUUGAUCAACGCAGCGCAGGCGCGCUUCCCCGGCAAAGCGGCGCCGCAUCGGAGACAAAAGAAGAGCGCGUGUUGGUGGAUGCGAGACAACUUCACCGCCGAGCUGUUUACUGGCAACUUGACGGAGGUCCCAGGUGAGUGCAGCAGCGGCAAGCUCGGGCCUUGGACGAGGCGUGCUGGCUGGUUCGGCGUGGGGGACCUGGGGGGGCUCUGGUACUCCACGCCCUCGGCCGGGGAGUGCGCCAAGCAGCAGGCGCUGGGCACCAAGGGCUGCACCUGGAAGGAGGUGACCUCGGUGUACAAAAACGCCACCUGCAUCGACUCAGCCGUCGAUCGCUUGGUGGAGCUCUACGGGAAGCGCUGCUUCGGCACUUGCGGCCUGCCGCUGAACCGCACCUCCGACUGCUACCUGGACUGCUACCGGGACGUGUUGAUGGGCAGCGCCGCCAGCAACCUGACCAAGAUACCCUCCCAGCGCCUGGUGCUCGCCUGGGAGAAGGCCGCGGAGACUUGCCCCAAGGUGACGCCGCAGCUUUGCCGCGGAACCCAGUGCGACCCCCUCGAGGACAUUCCUGAGCUGGACGCGCUGGUGGUGUGA